AUGGAUAAUAAUAAUAAUAGUGAUAAUAACAAUAGUAAUAAUGAAAACAAAAAUUCCUUAUUUGGAUUAUACAAUAAAGUAAACAACUAUUUAUUUAAUAAAAAUGAAAAUCAUAAAGAUAGUGCAUCUAGUGAUUUGAAUAAAAAUAUAAAUAAUAGUAGUAAUAAUAAUAAUAGUGAUAAUGGUAAUAAUAACAAAAGCAACAGCAGUAGCUCCCCUACCUAUUUAAAUCAAAUGACCAAUUAUUUAUAUAAUAUAAUUGGUAAUAAAAAAAUUGAACCAAAUAAUGAACCAAUAAAUAACAAUAAAAACAAUAUUAAUAAUGUAGAAAGUAAAGAAUCAUAUUUUAUAGAUUUAUUUAAAAAAAAACAACACGAAAUCGAAGAUAAAUUUGAACAAAUCAACGAAGUUAUCAAUGAUGAAUCUAACGAUGAUGCAACUGCAAUCAAAAAGACCAUCGAUAUUUUAGGUAGGAGAAGGUUUUAUGAAAUUUUAUUUUUAUUUGGAAGUGCAAGUAUUAUAUCAUUCGCUUUAAGAACAUUAUAUUUUGGUAAAACCAUAAGAGCUAUUGAAAUACCAGAUGGAAAUUUAACCACAUUAGUAUUAAGGUCCAAUAGUGUCAAAAGAUUAAAAAAAACUAUUUUACAAAAUCAACCACCAAUUUAUCCAGGUGUAGAAUUAAAUGCAGAAGAUAUCAAAGCUAGCAUAUUUAUAGAUCCACAUUUUACAGAGCCAAUAGUUACAAAUAGAGAUGUUAGAAGAAUCGAUGAUGGUGGAUAUGUAUUAUGGACAAAGAGUGAUUUUGAAAUCCCUCGUACAGCAGUCGGUUUAAAGUCAUUAAUGAAAGAUAGAGAUUUAUUCCUUAGAUUCAGUACUGAUGCCGAAGUGGAUAAAUUAGUUAGACUCAUAUCAUUAUUUGGUCCCUCAUUAAUUCUAAAACCGCAAUCACCAUUUAAAAAAUUUUUAUUAAAACAUAAACUUAUUCAACCCUCCGAUCUAGACCUACUCUAUCAAGACAAAGAUGAACCACUAACAAUAAAGAAA